UUGGACUUUAGCCUGUUUGUGGAGGGUCUCUGUGGAGCAUAAACUGACAGACAUCCACCAGUGAGCUGGCUCACUCAGGACGUGGAGCUCUACCAAAGCCUCUGGAUGCUGUUCAAAUCACAACCAGGUGAGGAAUUUCAUGACUUUUCAUCCAAAUUUUGCACUUAGUCCGACUGACUUACCUGUAAAGACAGCAAAUGUUCUCUGAGUCUUUGAGCUGAGUAAAGCAGCUCUUUAUUGAAGCAAUAAGAUACCAAGGUUGAAGUGACUUGAUGUUAAUGUUAGCUUUUUUUAGUCCUUUGGCUGUGGGAUAAAGCUAUUUUUAUUUCAAACUCAAAACCUCAGUCCUGUUCUGAAUUCAUAACUCAAGUCAGCUGAGGACAAGUACAGUUCUGACUGUAGUAUUUCUCACAUUAUUUACAAACGUAUUAUUAUUUUUAAACUCCACAUUAUAAGCAUAGAUAAUGGGGAAAUAAUUUACAGAAUGUAUUUACAAAACAGAUGUGGUUAUAAUAAAUGACUUAGGUUUAUUUUACAUUAAAAAUACAUGGUAAACUUUAGUUUCAUCUUUAAUCUUGGUUUAAUCUUAUAGUGUCAGUCACUUUAGGCUUAUAAACUGUCGCAAGUGGGUGGUGCUGAAGCUGUAAGCAAGUAUUAGUAUGUAGAUCAUUUUAGGAACUGCAAUCAGAUAGAUGACACUUUUUAAAGAUUCAAGAUGUUUGAGUUGGCCUGUCAGAAACGAUGAGAUUAGUAGCAGGCUGAAUAAUGUGUAUGAAAUUUACUGCUGCCUCUAUUUACUAUUUACCACUAUAACUAUUAACACUAACUUUUUAAAAACUGUCAAAAAUCAGCACUUUUUAAAUCCAUAUGGUAAUAGGUCUUUGCUGGAUAUAAAAUUUCUGUGACCAGUGAAAUGAGCAACUGGUUUAUUGGGGCUGAGAUAAUUAAAUAUUUGUGUCUUUUUUCCCUCUCACAGGAAAUGUUGAAGAUAGCCCUGGUAUUUCUGACAGGGCUCUUCUUCCUGUCACUUAGGCCUUAUUGCUGUGGUUGCAGCAAUAUUCUGGUAGUGCCUAUGGAUGGCAGUCAUUGGAUCAACAUGGAGAUAAUCCUCAGAGAGCUGCACAUCAGAGGCCACAACAUCACAGUGAUUCACUCUGCCAAAAGCUGGUACAUCCCAAAUAACUCUACCUUUUACACAUCCAUUACCAGGCGUAUGAUGGAGGAUGAAGCAGAUAAGAACUUCUACAAUAAAAUGGUGUUGAAAGUUAUGGAGUGCCGCAAGUCAUGGACCUUCAUGCACACCUUUUGUCAAAAUGACUUGAUUGGAUCCAUGUUGGGUCAAGGCAACAAGAUCCUUGCGGGAGCAACAGCUGAAAUUUUAGAUGAUCCUGUUUUUAUAAAGAAGCUUCAAGAUACCAAGUUUGAUCUGAUGUUAACAGACCCUGGCUUGCCAAUCGGGGCUCUGCUUGGCAGUUACCUCAAGCUGCCAAUGGUUUUCAACGUCCGCUGGAUCAACACAGGAGAGGCACAUUUCACCAUAGCUCCCUCUCCUCUCUCAUAUGUCCCUGUAUCAGGAAGUGAACUCAGUGAUCAGAUGGAUUUCCUGGAGAGGACCAAGAAUUUGUUACAUUAUCUCCAUAACUUGGCUCAGCAGCACUUCAUCAUAAAUCCUCAUUAUUCAGACCUGCUCCAGCGGCACUUCCCUCCUGGAUCUGACUUGAUGUCUCUGCAGCUUGCAGCAGAUAUCUGGCUUAUAAGAACUGAUUUUGUCUUUGAGUUUCCUCGCCCCACCAUGCCCAAUGUGGUCUACAUAGGAGGAUUCCAGUGCAAAGAGGCCCAUCCCCUUCCUGCUGAGCUGGAGGACUUCAUGCAGAGCUCUGGGGAUCAUGGAGUGGUAUUCAUGUCUCUGGGGACCUUGGUGUCGGCACUGUCUUGUGAAACCAUGGAGGCCAUCGCUGCUGCUUUUGCUCGACUGCCUCAGAAGGUGCUGUGGAAGUUUGUUGGAGAGAAGCCUUCAUCUUUGGGGAACAACACACUCUUGGUGAAAUGGCUGCCUCAGAAUGAUGUCCUUGGACACCCCAAGACUCGUGCCUUUGUAGCCCACGGUGGUACCAAUGGCAUGUAUGAAGCAAUUUACCAUGGUGUUCCUGUUGUGGGUCUGCCCCUCUUCUUCGACCAGUUUGAUAACAUUCUUAGGUUGAAGGUGCGCGGGGCAGCUCGUAUGGUUGAGGCAGGAUCACUCACAGAAGAAAGUUUCCUGGAGGCUUUGAAGGAUGUCCUGGAGACUCCAUCAUACAGCAACAACAUGAAACGUCUUUCACAGUUGCACCAGGACCUGCCAAUGUCACCUAUGGACACUGCCGUCUUUUGGAUUGAGUACGUCAUCAGGAAUAAGGGGGCUGCCCAUCUCCAGGCUGCAGGUUUUAGUCUUCCUUGGUACUCCUAUUUCUGUCUGGAUGUGGCUGUUUUUUUCAUAAUUAUCACUGCAGCUGCUAUCUGGGCUUCAGUCACAGCCUACAGGAAUCUCUUCUGCCACAAAUCAAGAAGGAAGAGGAAAGCUGAGUAACUGAUUCAAAAAUUCCCACUGACCUCAGAGAUUUUAACAAGUUUUUCUUGCUGUAUCAAUUAGUUUUAUUUUUUUAUUCUAUGUCAUCAUGGUAACAUACAGCCAAGAUAUUGUCCUAAAGCUUUCUGCCGCGUAAAAAUAAUGCAAGCAUUAGCUCAAACAAAGUUUUUUUAUUGGAGAAAAUUUGUCUUGUCUUGAUCCUGACAGUAUCCCAUGUAAAAAAAAAAAAACACUUACACAAAUAAAUAUGAAACUAAAAAUAAGCAUUCUCUAUCCAAACUCUUUAUGAUCUCAACCAGUAAAAAACAUCAAACCCUCAUUCUAAACCAUCGCCUACACCAACAAAACAUGCAAUAUGUUGGGAUUUAAGCACAUUUUUAAACUUGUUAGAACAAUUGUUCCAACAAAUUUGACACACACACACACACACACACACACACACACACACACACACACACACACACACACACACACACACACACACACACACACACACACACACACACUGAUCCUCCUGAGUCUUGAUGUUUGGCCAGAGAGUCAUAACUCCUUGUUUCGUUCGGGAACACAGAUAACUCAGAGCUCAGUAGAAAAGCUGUUGGACAGUCAAAGUGAACAUAAGACCCCUUUGUCAAUAAAGCUUGAAUUCAACACAG